AUGCAGUACGUGCGCAACUUGUCAGACUCUGUCUCGACGGCAUGGAACUCCAUAAACCCAGCCACCCUUAGCGGUGCCAUCGACGUGAUAGUAGUAGAACAGGCAGACGGCACACUGUCAUGCUCGCCCUUCCACGUCCGCUUCGGCAAGUUCUCGCUCUUGCGCCCAUACGAGAAGAAGGUUGAAUUCAAGGUCAAUGGCAAGAAGCAGGACUAUGCCAUGAAGCUGGGUGAGGGCGGCGAGGCCUUCUUUGUGUUCGAGACUAGCGACACCAUCCCCCAGAGUUUGCAGACGUCGCCUCUAGUGUCCCCUGCUUCGAGCCCCCCGCUACAGCCUUCCACUCCGGGGAGGGCCACCACCAUGCCGCCUGCUUUGCAAGAGCCGCCUCUGUUAGACUUGGACUUGGAUGCAGAAAGGGACAUUGAUAAGCUGGCUUCCGCGAGCUUCACCAGGCCACCCCUUGGGCCGAUCUAUUCGAGCUCAGCACCACGGGAAAAGGGUAUACUGUCUCCUAUGAUGACAUCGCCCGCACUGGUGGGUGGCAGGCCCGUUUCGGGAGACUGGUCCUCACUGCGACCGCACAGCGAUGAUAUCCUCCGCGAGUCUGCGCGCCAGAAGCACAAGGGGCCUGACCUGAACGAAACGGGCGACCUUGCCGACUUCUCCGACAGAUCCCACAGCCCUCCACCCUUGCCGCCAAGUGAGGCCCUCGAGCGCGCAAUAAACCUGUCGAGCCAGCUGCAGGCUGUGAAUCUGCCCACCCAUGUUACCGACACAGGCGAUCUAAUGUUGGACAUGACUGGAUUCAAGAACAACGAGGAGGAUGCCAUCCACGCCGAAAUUCUAGCGAGAAAAGUGCUGUCCCAAGAGCUUGAGGGCAACUAUGACAUAGGCGCGCUGUUCGGAAUCGAUGAGCACGGCAACCUCUGGAUAUACAGCAGCGAGGAGGCCAAAGACGCAGCUAUGCGCAAGACAAUGGAGUCUGCAUCCGGAAUUCGAUCUCAAACCUUCGAUGCUGAUGCGGUGUCUGACCCGGGCUAUCAUAGCGAUGACAGCAGUCGUGACUCUGCGACGGCAGCGUUUCCCGGCCAUCGACGAACGGAGUCGGACGUGGGUCAGGGUAUGGAGUUGCAAACACCGCCUUCGUCUCCGGGUUCAAGCAAGGCCGGUCGUGUCGGGAUGGGCGAUCCAAAUAUUAACUACGCCAAGACCUUGCGCCUGACUAGCGAUCAGUUGCAUGGCUUGAAUCUGAAGCCCGGCGAGAACAUCAUGAGCUUUACAGUCAACCGCGCGACUUGCACCGCGGCCCUCUACUUGUGGAAACACGACACUCCCGUGGUGAUCUCGGACAUCGAUGGGACCAUCACGAAAUCUGACGCCUUGGGCCACGUGCUGAACAUGAUAGGGCGUGAUUGGACACACGCUGGCGUUGCGAAGCUCUAUUCGGACAUCGAAGCCAACGGGUACAAUAUCAUGUACCUGACCUCACGUUCCGUUGGACAAUCGGAUACUACCCGCGCGUAUCUGGGCGGCAUUGUGCAGGACGGCUAUAGACUGCCACGGGGACCAACAAUCUUAUCUCCGGACAGGACGAUGGCAGCACUGAGGAGAGAGAUCUACUUGCGCAAGCCGCACGUGUUCAAGAUGGCCACCCUACGCGACAUAAAGAACCUCUACGGCGCGGAUCACCAUCCUUUCUACGCUGGGUUCGGCAAUCGUCUCACGGAUCAGAUUUCGUAUCGCACGGUAGACGUCCCAAGGACAAGGAUCUUCACAAUCAACUCCAACGCCGAGGUAUCCCUCGACCUCCUGUCCCUCAACAAGCUCAAGCUGUCUUACGUGUCUAUGACGGACGUCGUGGACCACUACUUCCCGCCAGUAUCCACGAUUGUCAAGGGCGGAGGGGAGGAGUACACCGACUUCGCGUACUGGCGCGACAAGCCGCUGGACAUGGACGAGUUCUCGGCUUCCGAGUCAGGGUCCGACGACGAAACCUCCCGCAAGAGGCCAGGUGACCUUGAGAGUCAGUAUGCCGAGGACGAUGAAGAUGACGAUGAGGUCGAGGGUGACGGCCUCGGGGACUCGUACAUCUCGAGGGGGUCUUUUGAUGACGGAUAUGGGUACGGCGAGGCCGAGGCCGAGGGCAGUGUGCUCAGCGGCGACUACGACGACGAACAGCUCGAUGGCGGCAUGUUGGGGAGCCUGGUGCUCGAGGAAGAGGACGCCGACGACGAGGAGGAUGAAGGAGACGACGUUGACGAGGCAGCGCAAGAAGACGAGGAGGAGGGUAAAGCGGAGGAAGAAAGGCUCGCACCGCCCAAGUCGGCGAUACCGGCUAGGACCCCGUCGCCAAAGAUCGCGGUUGAGGAUCUCAGCGCCGAGAUGAUCACCGGGAUGAUGAACCUCUCCGUGGAGAAGGAGCUUCAGCAAUGA